AUGACUCUCCAAAUCGUGCUCAUCUCUGGUUGUUCCAGCGGCAUUGGACUCGCUACCGCUGUGCAUCUCGCUAAAGAUGCAGAGAAACGCUUCAAGGUUUACGCCACCAUGAGAAAUCUGGCGAAGAAAGGACAACUGGAGGAAGAAGGAAAGGAACAACUUGGAGACACUUUGAUUAUCAAACAGAUGGACGUGUGCAGUGAUGAAUCAGUCACGAAGGCUGUUAAAGAGGUGCUCGACACUGAAGGGAAAAUCGAUGUGCUGUGUAAGUAGUUUCCGAGUUUGAUAGUUAUGUCCUUUUUAACAAUUAAAAAGUUCCUUUUCAGUGCUGUCUCGAAUUGUAUCGACCUAGCUAUAGUCUAACGAAUUUAAUGAAUUGGGGGCUCAGAUGGAUCAAGGCGCGAUAUCGAGACAGGACUCUUAAUACGAAAGGGCUGGUAGAUCUUUUCGAAAGCCAGGACUCUAAAUUCAUCGAAAUUAUUAAUUAACGAAAGAUGUUCUCCAGCUGACUGCUUUCACAUCUACAUCUACAUAUAUUAGGUCGGUAAAAUCGUUAAGACACCAUAGCAACCAGCUUUCUCUCCUCUUGAAUGCUUCUGACCCUACUGAAUAUUGCGUUCCCUCUAUUACAACUCGGAAGUGGCGUGAUGAAACAAAAGGCCAAUGAAGUGGCAGAGAUCGUGAAAAAAAAAAAAUCAUACUCAGUGACAAGCCAAGCCUACGAUACCAAAUAAACUAGAAGUUAAACCCCGAUGAGGUGCAAGCAAAACUUGCCGAAUCUUCUGGUAAUUUUAUGGUUGAAUUGAUAAACAAGAAAUAUCUCUAUAAGGAAUAACUUCGACCGGUGAAAAGGAUAUUAAUCCCAUGCAUUUAGGCGUGGAAAAUAAGGCAUGUGUUUCUGGCAUAGGGCGACUUGCCAUUAAUGCACAAAUGAACAAUACGUACUAAGAAAUCACUGAAUGAGAGUAAACUAAAAUAAUUUAUAUUAGCAUCAUCAUCAUCAUCAUUCUAUUUGAUAAAGCAGGUUACGUCAUAAGGUAGCAUAAAAGCUGAUAUGGACCAGCGUUAAUGGUAAUGGAGACAAUUCUAAUAAGCCUCGCGGUGCUGCUAUUAAAAUAAAUUGUGACUUUUCGAUGUUAAGAAUAAAUUGAUUAGUAUGUAUCCAGUCACAGCUUUGUAAGGUUCAAGUUCAGAACUUACAUUCAACUUCUGAAUGGAAAAAUAUAAAACACUAUCACCAGCAUGCAAUGAAUGUUGCAGAAUUAAAGGACAUUUGGCAAAUCUUUCAUGUACAUCAUAAACGAUAGCUGGCCCAAGAAAGAGCCCUUAGCAACUCCAACAGAUAGCUCAACAGGGUCAAAGUUGGCGUUGUCGAAGCAGGUAACCGGUCAAACCAAUUCCGCGCAAUAUCACUUUAAAGCUGGUGACCUUGCGUGACAGAAUGCUCGGCAGAGCGGCUUUUGGGGGGGGCGGGGGGAGCGAAGUACAAAAAAAAUAUUCGCGCAAGGGAAAAUUAAAUGAAAAAAAAUUCAUGCACGCCAAUUAACCCUAAAAAUAUUCUUGCUACGGCCUAAAAAAAAUUCAUACAAGGAAUUUGAUAACGAAAAAAAAUUCCUGCGGCUCAAAAAUUCCCCAACCCCCCCCCCCCCAUAACUUUUCUAAUGGUCCGUCCCUUAUCCAAUUGAGCUAACUAGGCGCGCGAAUAAGUAGUGCCUGGUACAGGACGAUAAAUAUUGUAACUACAUGUUUUAAAUGCCCAACAGUUAACAAUGCUGGGAUGGGAUUGUUUAGCGUAGUGGAAUGUGUCCCAGUCGAUAUGGCCAAGGAAUUGUUUGAGGUGAACUUCUUUGGAACCCUGCGACUGAUCCAAGCUGUGCUGCCAAGCAUGAAAGCGAGGCAAAGCGGGCACAUUAUCAACAACAGCAGCCAUUAUGGAAUCGUUGGAAUGCCUUUCUUACAGCUGUACAGUGCUUCAAAGUUUGCAAUGGAGGGACUAACUGAAGCUAUGGCUCCAACUUUGCUUCAAUUUAACAUCAGGUAAUUAAAGUAUAUAACAUAAAUUACAAGCUACAGGUACACCAAUGUAGACUCUUUCAGGUUGGUAUUGCUGAAAUACCCUUGAGCUUUAGGGGGGCUCCUUAACCACACCUAAUUGGGCCUAAAAUACCGCCAGAAACGGACCUUAAACAACGAGAACGUUGACGUCCCGGACGUCAAAUUUGGCAAACGGAUAUGGGAUCGAUUUAGGUUUCUGGGAAACUACCCGCCUACCCCUCCCCUAAGCUAACAUUAACACUUACUUCUCACUUGGGGCAAAAUGACGGCUUAGGGGAGGGGUAGGUGGGAAGUUUCCCUGAAACCUAAUUUGAUCUACCGCAUGUAUAUCUUUUCUCUCUUUCAGCGCUCUGACUCGACAAAUUCGUACAGUGGGAGUUAAAACAGAGACAUUCAGAUUCAUUGCGUGAGACAGAAGCGUUCCAUCAAGCGCGACAUUGAACUUUCGGGACUUCAUAGUUCUCGUUGCUUAAGCUCGCUAAAAGGUUAUCCCAGCCGUUCGUCUUUUUAUCUGAGCGAUUCCAAUUCUUUCGCUGUAUUGUGUAAACGGGCCUUACGACUACUUGUCUAACAUGAUCUAACUUAAAAAAUGCAAUUGCUUCUUCUUUUACUUGACAGGUGUUCUUUAUUGGAACCAGGUCCUGUAUUAACAUCACCAAAGGAAGACUUGACAUCUGGCACAAGAAAUAUGAAAAGCCAGCCUGUGACGAAAAGUCUUCUCAGCUAUUUCAAGCCUCUCAAGAAAAGAUGUGGAAAAAAUUUGGGAACGUGAUGUAACAAGCCAAUGAAGUCGCUGAUUUUGUGAAAAAGAUCAUUCUCAGCGAAAAGCCAAACCUACGGUAUCAAACAAAUGAGAAGUUUAACCCUGACGAAGUAAGGGCCAAACUUGCUGAUCCUACUGGGAAUGUUCUGGUUGAUUUGAUGAAUAAAAAGUACUUUUAAGGUAAAGAAUAGUUUGGACAAGGCGAUUUACAUGAAUCGAAGAUGAAUGGAUUAGAGGGUUUACCAUGCUUUUAUAUGACUUCUGUAACGGAUGAUGUUCUCUUUACCACACUGAACUUGCUCAUGAUUUUUUUAUCUAGCAUUGAUGGAAAACGAACGUUAAUUGAUCGAAAAUAAACGUGUGAUUUAAGUUUUUUUUUCCUUUGCUGGCCGGGCUGCCCGUCGGUUGUCUUUUUUUCUUCAGUCUUUUUUGUCCUCCUUUCGGUCACAACAUUAUAUGUUCCCUUCACACUCUUUAAUCGCCGGAAUCCACCGUAUUUGAAUUGAAUUAUCCAUGUAACCCUUUGUAAGGGAAUUCCGGAAUCUGGGAACUUCUUCCUUGCGAGAAUCCGGAGUCCAGAAAAUUUUUGCUUGUGGAACCCGGAAAGCAAGUCCCACCCAGUCUCGUUCCCAGUCGUUCUCGGCGAUUUCGUUCUCGAUUCCAAGCCUCCUCUGGUAACUCGGAUAGCGCGAACUGGCCUGGGUACGAGGCUGAGUCCCACCGUUAAAGAAUCCGGAAUCCAGAACUUUAAUCCCCCCUGAUGAUGGGGAAAAAAUACAUAUAUAUAUAUUUUUUAUAAUUUAUUUUUUUAUAUUUUUUCCUAAUUCCCUAGCCAGCGGACACAGGAGUAUUUCCCGUCGUCGCUUCUCUCCACCCAAAAGUAACGUCUGCGAACCAGAGCGGCAGAACGAUUUCCUUGACGUAAAACCUUUUGUUUUGAUGCUGGCCAAUCAGAUUAAAGGAUGGAACAAAGCCUGAGUGAUUCCUCGCGACCUUGGGCGCUGGUGUGUCUUUUGGAACGUGAAUUUCACUACUAUAACAAGGUUUCCUGCGACGUUAAAUGCUGACUUCUUUGUGAAGCAAAGGCCUCUUAAGCUACAUAAUGUUAUGUGCUUCGUUAGGCUUCCUUGUCACAUUAAUUUUAUAAUUUUAUUAACCACUUUUGUCCACGUUGUAUAAGGUUUUGUGAGUGACUAAAUAAAUACAUAAAAUAAAUAAAUAAAUGUGGGUCUUUGGUUUUGCUUUACAAAAUACAGUAGUACGUGACAUAAACAAAACCUGGACAAACUGAUCGCUUUAGCGAAAGGAAAAUAACAUAUACUAAUAGCUUAAUGACAUCGUGCUCAGACUCGCCAUAUAUUUCAGUUUAACCAGCGUGGACAAUCGAUUGCACGGACAAAUCCUUGACUGAGUCAAAAAUCUCUGACAAUCGCAUGCGGCGUUAAUAAUUCAAAAUCUCGGCCUGCAAGUAUCGCCAUCAUACAAUGAUCUGAAAUGUUAUAAACCUAUGCCGGACCCAGCGUGAAAUAAAUAUUUAAAGCAGUAUAUUGACCAUGAUGGGGGUGGGGGUUUGCCAUUCCAUUUUAUUUAGUCCAACAUGGUAGUUUUUUCUUUGGAUUCUCUUUACCACACUGCCUUAUCAGGGGUUUCAGUUUUCUUUAUUUAAGAUAGAGCGAAAAGAUUCGCAUAAAUGUCAAACUGCAUACAGACCAUGAAAACUGAACAAAAGGUACGUAAACCUAAUUUGUUGAAAUGUUUUUUGAAGGGGCUGGAUUACGGCUGGCUACUUCAUUUUGUUUAUAAUCAUGUCAGUUACGCCUCCUUAUUCGCAAUGAACCUUGAGAAAUUACUUGUAAAUGACAAAAUCACAGCUUGUGCCAAACAAAUAUAUCUCCAAAGCAUUAUAUCAAACUUUACAAACAACAGAAAUGAACUUUAAAAGACUAUGAGGCUAACAAGUCUUCAGAACCACAGUUUCAGUCCUUUUCAAUAUCUUCUUCAAGUUUGUCCAUCUGCGCCUUUCUUUUGUAUUCAGUUUGCUGUGUCAUGUAUACCUUAGCUUCUUCGAACAGUUAUUCAUGUUUCGCCCAGUUAGGUGGCAGUUCCGUCCUCUGUUUGAAUUUUGAUAAAUUCCGUGACGAAACUCCUUUAAGUAAAGAUAAGUAAGUUUGUUAAGUGUCCUUUAUCUUUAAGUUUUCUUUCUAAUUCUCUCUUUUCAUCCUUUUUUUCUUUUUAAGUUCCGUUUCUUCUGAAGGGGGGUUCAAGAGCUCCUCCUUGUGUACACAUCCUAUUUGGUGCCUUUAUUUAAUUUGUUUGUGACGCACACUUUCUUGCGUUCGUGUCACGCUCCUAUCUUGUUUUUAUUUUUUUUUUACAAGAAAGAAAGACCAAUAUGCAAAUCUAUGACUGACCGCGACCUUUCGUGGUCAUAAGGAUCCCCAGAUCAAAAAAGACAUGUAGGGGUUACGAAAAGACAAGUAGGGGUUACGAAACCACAACAGGAAUAUAAAGUAGGCGUUAAUCACCAUUGAAAAAUUAUUUGCAGAGCAAUUAGAUACCUCGGUUAUUACGCCGGGGGCAAAUAAAGUAAAUAAAAGGUGGAAAGCGGGAGGAAGGGAAUCGUCGACGGAACAAUUACGCAUGCGUGUCAGUGCUUAACAUUUUGCAAUGAAUAGAACGAUUGGACCUGCACACAGAAUUCAAUAGAACUUUCACCUUGAAUCAUUUUAUUGAGUACAUGAAGACAAAAGAUAAUUAUUGACUGAAUUUGGCAAAGGUCCUUAUUUCACGUCGGUAACUCGUAAUAGCACUCAUUAGACUGACAAACCUGGCACCCACGGUGCGCUCAUUUUAGCCCCCUCCCCCUCCCUCUCAGAGCUCCGUUUCGGGUAUUUAAAACUACUUAAAGCUUAAUGGAAAGGAAACAACGAUUUCAGACAAGGAGGCGCAGGGGGGGGGGGGGGGGGGGGGGGGAAAACGGGGAAUAAACAACCACCCACCUAGGUUUUGUAAAACAGCCCCGGGUUUUCUUCCCCUCCUUUCGAAGGCGGUUUUACCCCCAGAAAGACGGAAAACACCAAAAAAAAGAAGGGGGGGGGGGGGAGAAGGCGGUUAUCAAAAAAGAGACAGAUGUAUAGAUGUAGGGUUUUGGGUGGGGUGUUACAACACUGUGUAGAAGGUGGGGUGGGAAAAACACCACCUAUAACGCCCACAACCCUCCCCCCCCUGGUGUCUUUUUUUCCCCCCCCCCCCCCCCCCCCGAGGCCCCGUGUGGGGGUUUUAAAAAAAUUUAAAAAGAAAGGGAGAAAAAAAAAAAAUUUAAAAAAAGAGGGGGCGGGGGGGGGGGGGGGGUGGGUGGAAACCGGGAAAUUCAACAUUCCCAAUCCUAAUUGUUAAAACGCUUGCCAGGUUUUCCUUCCCUUCCUGUCGAAGGCGUUUAUGCCCAAGGAAACGCGUGAAACCAACACUAAAGGAAGCCGGGGGGUAGCAAUACGUGCAUUCAUGAAACGGCUAAGCUUUAAUAUGUUGUGUUUUCGGGAGGUGUUUCAACAAAUUAUGACCUGGAUUGCGUUCCCGGUCAUAAUUGAAACGCUUGCAAAGUUUUCCAUCCCCUCUCUUUCAAUGGAAGACGUUUAUGCCCAAGCAAACGCGUGACACCAACAUUGAGGGAGGGGAGGGUAGGGAAGCAACACUUGUUUUCAUGAACCGACUAACGGGACUAAGUUUAAGGUGUGUUUUCCGGAAACUUCAAUAAAUUAUGACCGAGAUUAAAGGUGCGGCGGGAAGCGAGAUAUUUGGAUCUCCAUCAAUCCCCCUCCACACUCUUCUCCCCUGUUAUUAUGAACCAGAUGGGCCUGGUAACAAAACUAACAGUAAAUAAUACCUUGAUGCUCAACAGUCAACAACGCUGGAAUAGCAUUGUUAACCAUAGUGGAGUGUGUCCCAGUGGACAUGGCCAAGGAAUUGUUUGAAGUGAACGUCUUUGGUACCUUGCGACUGAUCCAAGCUGUGCCCCAGGCAUGA